GUCUCUAAGGUAUAAGUCGAAAAUUUUUUCAUCCCCAACCUUUGUUUGCAUACAAAAUCGUCCCUAAGAUUCAACGUAGUUUUAAAAUCAUCUUUCAAACCUAAAACUUAAAUUUCUAGACCAAAUUACCCCUAACAAAAAAUUAUAAAAUAAAAAAAAAAGAACAGAAAAGCCAUUAAUGGAGGAAAAAAGAACCUAAGAAGCCAUUAAUGGAGCCUCCCAUAAAACCCUUCCUUCGUCCAUUUCUCACAACCCAUUCUGCCAAGGCUCCUCCUCCCACCCUCCUAUUCUUCCUAGUCUUCCUCCUUGUCGUAGCCACCCUUCAAUCCAAAUCCAAAUCGGGUAUCAUCUGCCUCAACGACCAGUCCCUGUCCCGCUUCCUCACCUCUGUCGCCACCCCUCGCCCUUACUCCAUCGUCAUCUUCUUCGACGCCGUCCAGCUCCACGACAAGAUAGAGUUACGCCUCCACAAACUCCACCAAGAAUUCUCCAUCGUCUCCUCCUCCUUCAUCGCCAACCACAACAUCUCCCACCCUUGGCGCUCUAAGCUCUUCUUCUGUGACAUCAAAGUUCAAGGAAUCUCAGUUCUCAUUCACGCAAUUUGGCGUCAACGCCCUCCCACACAUUUGCCUCAUUGCCCCCAACCAUUCCUUCAAGGAUUCACAACCCAUGGACUAGGGCGAUUUCUCGCCACUCGCUGAGUCAAUGGCUGAUUUCGUUGAGUCCAAAACCAAGAUCUCCGUGGUGGGGCUCUUGCUGGCGUUUAUCUCUCAAGGUCUUGUGAAGAUGAAGAAUGUGACGGUUCAGAAGUUGGUUAUGAUGUUUGCCUUGUUGGGUUGUUUCUUAGCUGUGAAGCAGGUUGUGUUCUUGAAUAA